CUCGCAACAACGACAACCACGUGGGAGAGUAGCAGCAGAAUAUAACAUGAACGGUCGGGUAACAUUUAAUUUAACUGCUCUAACCAGUGUAGGUUUGGGAGGUUGGUAUCUAGGCAAGUUCUCCGAACAGAGGCGAUAUUCGAAAGACAAUGAAACAGACGGGCUGUCAGCAUCACAAAUCCGGAAUAUGCCGGGUUUACCUCUGUUUGGUACAGUUUCGGCGGCUACUCCUCCAGUACCUGCCGAAAACAAUCACAACAUGGGCUCCAAAGUGUCUUCGACCGCUAUGAGGGUGUCGCAGAUUAUGAAAUUUGGUUUUCCCGGGUUGGAUCAUGUCAGGUCGUACGAGGAUUUCGUAUUGUCUUACGAUAGGCGAAACAGAGUCGCACAUUGGGUGUUUGAGCACUUGACCAAGGAGAGACUGCAGUACAAUACUGAAGUAGACCGUUCCAAGUGCGAGUUUAAGCCCGAUCAGAGCAUACAUCCUUUUUUCAGAUCAGAGAACACAGACUAUAAGGGGAGUGGCUAUGAUCGUGGUCAUCUGGCUGCAGCUGGAAAUCAUAAAAUGGAGCAAAAGCACAUGGAGCAAACCUUUUUUCUCUCCAAUAUGGCACCACAAAUCGGAAAGGGCUUCAACAGAGAUUCCUGGAACAGAUUAGAAAAACAUGUUCGAAAAUUGACUAAUAUCUACAAGGAUGUUUACGUGUGCACAGGGCCAUUAUAUCUUCCCAAAAAAGAAGCAGAUGGAAAGAAAUAUGUUCGUUAUGAAGUAAUAGGUGCGAAUCAUGUAGCGGUACCUACACAUUUUUAUAAAGUUAUUGUUGGUGAAACUAAUGACGGCAAGUUUGAAAUGGAAGCUUUUGUGAUGCCGAAUACACCAAUUGACGAUAAUGCACCGCUUACUAAUUUUCAGGUGCCACCAGAGAGUAUUGAACGCGCUGCUGGACUUUUAUUCUUCGACAAAAUAACGCGUAAUAAGUUAAACAAAAUUAAUGGCAAGAGCACAAGCUGGAUUUAACGAUUGCUCAAUUUACUCCAAUUUUUAUUUCUAGCUGAUUGAAUAGUUUUAAUUCUAAAUAUUUGAAUUGAAUUUUUAGCUUAUUAUACUUAUAUUUUUA